CAUUUUAUUUUCUUAAUCUUAAUUCUGAGUUUAUCCUCUCGUAGGAAUUUCAUUCACUGUAUCUGUUACAACAUUUUAGCUGCAUUUCGAAGAUUCAAAGUCGGCCUAGUUGGUUAGAGGCCCUCCUUUCAUCCAUGUGAAAGGGGUUCGAUUUUUACCCUUUGUAAAGUAGAAUCCCAAAAUGUUCUCCACUUGCAGAGGAAUUUCAUUCAGAAAAAUCUAGUUGCAUUUCUUAAUUUUCAUUAUAAUUGUUAUACGUUUAUACAUACUUUAUGCCCAAAUAAUUCUAAUUUUGUUUACAGUUUGUUAAGAAAUGCCUGUUUUAGUUUUUUAUUUUAUUUUUGGGAACAAGUAGGAAAAGUUCAAAAACAUUCAGAAAAUUAACAAAGGAGUUGAAGGAAAAGUUUGAAUUUUUUUUAAAAAAAUUUCGAAAUUUAGGUAAUUUCCAUAAAGAAUGUUUUUUUUUGGGAAUAGUUUAAGCCCGGUUCUUUUAAACUGAAUGAAUAAAAUUCACUCCAGUUCAGACAAAUUCAGUUCAUUUCAGUUCAAUUCUGUUAGUUAAUUUUCAUUAACUUCAGUUUAGACAAAUUCAGUUUAGUCCAAAAGAAGAGUCUUAGUAUCAAAAUGGUCCGAGUAUUCAGACUGUGCUUGUUCACCUAAUUGUUCCUGUUAUUGUUCUAGUUGUACUCAUAAGCCAUACCAAUAAUUCGAUUUAAGAUAAUAAAAAUAGGGAAUGUGAGUGCACCUACAUAGGAAUUAGGAUGCCCCUUGUGGGUGACUUUGGUGACGAGUUUCUCUACCAAGCAAUAGCAUGUGUUGGUGUCAAGUAAUUCUCAUUACGGCCUGUUGAAGGUGGGAAUGAGAGGUAAUGAGAGCCAAUGAAGUGAAAUCGAUUUUUGUGGCGAAGUUCCAUGACAAUUGUUAAUGUUGCUGUUUACAUCACUACAUAUCACAGCUUGGCUUUUGCUUACUUCUCUUGGUGGCCUGGUGGAUUAUUUUGCUGUUAGAUAAUACCUAUGUCUACCUCAUCGAUUUCCAAUCGAAAGCGGCAUGCAAGUGCUCCAUUGGAAUCAGUUUUUGACAAUACCUCAGCAGGCAAGAAAAAAUUAGCUGUGAAAAAGGAGGAUCCUGUUUUGAAGGAGAUGAUGGCAUCCGCUAUCAUAAGACACAGUCUUCCAUUGACAAUCUUUGAGCAAAGUGGCGAUGGAGACAUCUUGACCUUUCUAAACCCAAAUGUCAAACCAAUAAGUACGAAUGAGAUAAUAGCAAACUGUUUAGAAGUGUAUGAAAGGGAAAGAACCAAGCUUAGAUACGCUUUGCGAAGUAUUCCUGGUAGACUUUGUUUGACAUGUGAUAUUUGGGUGGAUCCUUGUACUAAUGAGUACCUUUGUCUGACAGUAAAUUAUGUGGAUUCUAACUGGAAACUGCAAAACAAGUUUUUGAAUCUUGUCCCCUUGCCUUUUCCCUGGGAUGCCUCUAUCCUGAGGUCAGCGGUUAACAAUCUAUUGUGCAAGUGGGGAAUCGAGAAGAAUGUAUUUUCAAUAACCUUUGAUAGUGGAAGGUGUGGUGAUACUGUACUAGACAUGUUAAGGGAUUGCCUUAAUGAGCAGGAUGGAGUUAAGGGCGACUAUUUUGGUGUUUGUUGUGGGGCUCAUUUCAUGGAUCAUAUGGGUCAAGAGUGUUUCAAGCUGAUUGAUAGCCCUAUACGCAAGAUCAGGGAGGGUGUGCAGUACGUGAUUUAUCAUGAGAAGAACAGACUGAAGUUUGAAGAAGCUGCAAAACUCAUUUUUCAAGGUGCAUUUGAUCCCCUGUGGUCAGAUUGCAAAUUAAGAUGGAAUUCCACAUAUUUGAUGCUUGAGAGGUCAGUUAAGUAUCGGUGUGCCUUUGAACAUGUGAUGAUCGAUGACGAGUAUACUGAUUGGCAUUUGACAGAAGAAGAGUGGUCUAGGCUUGAAAAGAUGUGUAAGCUUCUGAAGCCUCUUUAUGACAUAGCAAAUCUGUUUCUAAGCACCGAACACCCAACAGCAAAUUUAUACUUUAAGAAUGUUCUGAAGAUUGGUCUGCUGCUCGUGGAUGCAUUGGAGGAUAAAGACCUUGAGAUAAGUAACUUGGCACGAAGGAUGAAGAGUGAAUUUGAUGUGUAUUGGGAUGCUUGUCAUGAUGUACUUGCAUUGGCUAUAAUAUUUGAUCCCCGCUACAAACUCAGCUUUGUAAAGUUUUGUUAUGGGAAGUUAGACAAGGCAAGUGCAGAAGACAGGUAUGUGAGCACCUGUAGACGGCUAGAUAGGCUCUUCAAAACUUACAGUGAUCAAGUGUUUGCAUCACAAACAAAUGAAAUGAAAGAUGAUAUUCUCAAGGAUUUUGAGAUAUAUUGCAGAAAGAAGGAAUUUGACUCAAGUAAGUCCAGUCUGAAUGUGUACUUGAAUGAGCAGAGUGUCGGUUUCCAGGAACAUAUGGAUGUUCUUUCUUGGUGGAAAGAAAAUGAACCUCGUUUGGGACAAGAUCUAUCUCUUAUGGCAAGGGAUAUACUAAGCAUUCCUAUUACCUCGUUCCCUAGAGGUUCAGUUUUUGGCAUGGGCAACAGAGUUGAAGACAGAUUGAAAGGUAUGUGGUCAUUCAACUGUAUGGAAGUGCUGAUAGCUACCCGAAACUGGUUGUCUGGAUACCCAGUUGAUGCUGAUUACCCUGGAGGACUUAUGGGCCGUGAGCAGCGAUUUUGGCGCACCACAUGUGAGGAAGAGGCAGAUUGAACGUUUCAGAAGUGACAUUGCAACCUUCAUUUGCUGUUCUGACAGAUUUUAGCUGCAGUGGGAGUUUUUGUACUGAUACAUGUGCAUGAUUUUACACAAUCAGAGAAUCAACUGAUCCAGAACUGUUAAUAAUCGUUAGUAAUAUAGGUUUUGAUGAUAUAAUAUCGUUGAUUUUACAGCU